UGGUGAGUGGGCGGAGGCUGAGUUUCGCACCGCGGUUGCACCUGGGCCCUGGGGGCUGAAGAGGAAAGCGAGAAUCUUCAGUUGGAAGACCCUGACUGUCGGGGAAUAGCUCCUGGUGGGAAAGAUGGGAGGUUAGUUGAAUAGCAGCUGAGGAGUGACCAAUCACCAACCGACUUUGAAAAGAAAUGACGUGAUCGGUCACUGAUCAUGACGUGCAUCUCUAAUUAACAUAGUGAUUUGCGGACUGAAGUGCUAGCAAAAAGUUUGUGUUUAUGCAGUUAUUCACAGUUAAUAUACUGUGGUGAAUUGGCACAGAGGUUAAUCUCAAGAUGCCGUUAGUGAAAAGAAACAUCGAUCCUAGGCACUUGUGCCACACAGCACUGCCGAGAGGCAUUAAGAAUGAACUGGAAUGUGUAACCAAUAUUUCCUUGGCAAAUAUAAUUAGACAACUAAGUAGCCUAAGUAAAUAUGCUGAAGAUAUAUUUGGAGAAUUAUUCAAUGAAGCACAUAGUUUUUCCUUCAGAGUUAAUUCAUUACAAGAACGUGUGGACCGUUUAUCUGUUAGUGUUACACAGCUUGACCCUAAAGAAGAAGAAUUGUCUUUGCAAGAUAUAACAAUGAGAAAAGCUUUCCGAAGUUCUACAAUUCAAGAUCAGCAGCUCUUCGACCGCAAGACUUUGCCUAUUCCAUUACAGGAGACAUAUGAUGUCUGUGAACAGCCUCCACCUCUCAAUAUACUCACUCCUUAUAGAGAUGAUGGUAAAGAAGGUUUGAAGUUUUAUACCAAUCCUUCAUAUUUCUUUGAUCUAUGGAAAGAAAAAAUGUUGCAAGAUACAGAGGAUAAGAGGAAGGAAAAGAGGAAGCAGAAGGUAUUACAAGAGAUUGAAAGAAUUGAACAGAAAAAUCUAGAUCGUCCUCAUGAACCAGAAAAAGUGCCAAGAGCGCCUCAUGACAGGCGGAGAGAAUGGCAGAAGCUGGCCCAAGGUCCAGAGCUGGCUGAAGAUGAUGCUAAUCUCUUACAUAAGCAUAUUGAAGUUGCUAAUGGCCCAGCCUCUCAUUUUGAAACAAGACCUCAGACGUAUGUGGAUCACAUGGAUGGAUCUUAUUCACUUUCUGCCUUGCCAUUUAGUCAGAUGAGUGAGCUUCUGACUAGAGCUGAGGAAAGAGUCUUAGUCAGACCACAUGAACCACCUCCACCUCCACCAAUGCAUGGAGCAGGAGAUGCAAAACCCAUACCCACCUGUAUCAGUUCUGCUACAGGUUUGAUAGAAAAUCGCCCUCAGUCACCAGCUACAGGCAGGACACCUGUGUUUGUGAGCCCCACCCCCCCACCUCCUCCACCACCUCUUCCAUCUGCCUUGUCAACUUCUUCAUUAAGAGCUUCAAUGACUUCAACUCCUCCCCCACCAGUACCUCCCCCACCUCCACCUCCAGCCACUGCUUUGCAAGCUCCAGCAGUACCACCACCUCCAGCUCCUCUUCAGAUUGCCCCUGGAGUUCUUCACCCAGCUCCUCCUCCAAUUGCACCUCCUCUAGUACAGCCCUCUCCACCGGUAGCUAGAGCUGCCCCAGUAUGUGAGACUGUACCAGUUCAUCCACUCCCACAAGGUGAAGUCCAGGGGCUGCCUCCACCCCCACCACCGCCUCCUCUGCCUCCACCUGGCAUUCGACCAUCAUCACCUGUCACAGUUGCAGCUCUUGCGCAUCCUCCCUCUGGGCUACAUCCAACUCCAUCUACUGCCCCAGGUCCCCAUGUUCCAUUAAUGCCUCCAUCUCCUCCAUCACAAGUUAUACCUGCUUCUGAGCCAAAGCGUCAUCCAUCAACCCUACCUGUAAUCAGUGACGCCAGGAGUGUACUUCUGGAAGCAAUACGAAAAGGUAUUCAGCUACGCAAAGUAGAAGAGCAGCGUGAACAGGAAGCUAAACACGAACGCAUUGAAAAUGAUGUUGCCACCAUCCUGUCCCGUCGUAUUGCUGUGGAAUAUAGUGAUUCAGAAGAUGACUCAGAAUUUGAUGAAGUAGAUUGGCUGGAGUAAGAAAAAUGCAUUGAUAAAUAUUACAAAAAUGAACGCAAAUGUCCUUUGUGGUGCUUGUUCUUUGAAAAUGUUUGGUCAUUCCAGUGUUUUGCUUUCUUUUCCUUAUGAUAAAUAACCGUUUUCCUCCAUAAUUUUUGAUUUCUAAGAAAAAUAUUAGCAUACAUUUCAAACUAAAUGUUUUACAGUGGCUUAUCUUUUUUAUUUUUCCCUGAAAAGACAUAAUUUGGGCAAAUAAACCACUAAGUAUUAAGCAUGGACAGCUGUUGUUAGAGUAGCAGAUUCAGUUUUUUGAUAUAUCUUAAUUGUGCACUUUGUGAAUUUUAAUUUAAAGAAAGCAAUUGAGAUUGAAAUUUUGAGGGCAGCUGUAUCUAUUAAUGAGCCUUAUUCCAUUUCCUGAUGUUUUAAAAGAAGAAACACUGCCUUGAUUAUAUGAAUACACUCAGAAAGUACAUUUAGCUUGUAGUAUUGAAUUCUCUUAAAGGAAUGCUUGAAUUUUUUUUUAAUUAUUGUUUUAUUGUUUUUAAAUACUUGCCUUAUUUGAAUGUUUAGCACUACCCCCUUCCCACUUAUAUAUUGUGUGGUACGAUUUUGCUUGCCUAUGAGAGUUUAAAAAAUUUCCAUGUGAAAUACUCUGACAUAAACAUACAUGUAAGUUACAUAACUGUUAAGAAUAACAGUCUGAUUUAAUAAAUGGUUCAUUUUAAAGGUU